ACAGGUAUAAGGUCUGAGGGUCCGUCCGGGGAGUUGUCUCCUCGGUCUCGGUCUUCUUACCGCAACGCGCGCUCAGGUCCGGCGGUGUGUGAGUAGACCUGCCCCCGAGACAUCCCAGUCAGCGGCCCGGUCAGUCCCCGUAGCUGGGUAACGGCGAUCUCCAACACCGUACGGCGACUUAUAAGACGACUAUGAGUCCGUCACGUGUCCUGCUGAUGACGUGUCUGUCGCUGAUUGGCCUGACGCUGGCCAAUGGGGAGUACUUGUGCGGGUCCACGCUGAAGGACGUGAUGAGCUUUGUGUGCGGGCGCCGGGGGCACAGGGCCAGGCUGAAUGACCACAAGCUCAUUGAAGACUGCUGCCUGAAUGUGUGUGAUUACGAGUACCUGGAGAGCUACUGCAACCCGAGCCCACGGAAACACCCGAGACAACCACGGAAACACCCGAGACAAUUCCGAACGACGCCGAAGACGCCCCGGAAAUUCCCGACUGAGGAGACGACGAUGCCCAAGUUCGUCGUAUGACCUUGCCGUGGAGUUCCGUCGUGACCUUGAGUCAAACGGUGCCCUUGGUGGUCCAAAAGUUCACGAAAGGAGGCUUUAACAACUUUCUAAAGAUGAAGCAAGUUUAAACUGUAAUUUCCAACACAAGAAAUUGGACGUACCCAUUUUUUUACUGUACAACUCCAAUCUUAAUCAAGGAAUGGGCGAUCCUCCGCUUCUGUGACGUCACGUUAAGCAGAUGACACACGUGACUUGAUGAGCAGUGGGUCACGUGUUGCAGAAAGUCUGUGGCGUCCACCGUCUUUGUUGAGCCACGUGCUUCAUCUGCGUAACGUGACGUCACAGAAGCGGCGGAUUGCUCAUUCCUUGACAUCGACUGGAGUUGCACAGUGGAAAAUUUGGUUAAGUUCGAUUUCUUGUUUUGGGAAUUACAGUUUGAACUUGUUUCAUAAUGACUUCUAUACCAACACAGAUGAACUUCCAAAUAGUAUUAUUACAGACUUACAAAACUUUAGGACAUUUCGUCCGGGCUGCUUUGAAAUAUACAAAAAUGAUCUAUACCUUCCAAUCACUGUUUGAUUUUGACCCCAAGCAUGCGCAAUUCAAAACGUGAAACGGCUUAUUACACUAAUAAUAUCUAUGUCGACCCCCCCCCCCUUUAGUCCUCUAGAUUCUUCUAUUGCCACCUAGUAGAUAUGCAAUGCAGAGCACCGUAAAGUAAGAAAAAGGAAUUUUUCCUAAAAUCACAUUGGCAACCAUAUAGCUUUAUUUCUUGACAAAAUUUCAUCCCCCCCUAAUUUUUCAAACCUUCGAAAAUUGUUAACCAUAAAACAUAUCUGUAUGUGCUUUUACAAAGUGACACAAUUUGUGCUUGGAAAUGUAUGUAUAUGCACUGCUUAUUGUGGAACAAUAAUGCAUGUAUUCACCCAUAUUCAAUGAUAUAUUGAUAUCCCUUCACCUUCACAUGUAACGUUACGUAACUUUCGAACAUUAGAAUGUUUCCAACAUGGCGGACGCAGGAUUACGUCACAGUCACGCGACUGGAAUCGUCCAAUAGGAAAGAUUCGUAGAGCCAAAUGCAAGAAUACAUCAGAACGAAUGCCGCCAUUCUAAAACGUUUAGAUCUCAUACUACUGUAUAUCUGUACCUACCACUCUUGUUACUAGUAUUUCAAAUGUGGAAAAGACUUAAGAAUUGUAAUCUGUACCAGCUUUUGAAUGAUUUUGCAUAUUAACAGUAUUAGUUUAUUGUGUUAGUCACGGAAAAAUGCUGCAAUGUUUUAAUUACUACACACUGAGGGCAAAAUGCUGGCUAAAUAAAAUAGGAAACUACAA